AUGGCUUGUUACGAUUUCUACUCUAUUUUAUUCUUCUUAGGAGGUGUUUUAUUCAUUAUUUUGGCUUAGAUAGUUGAUUCUGGAUACAAAUAUUAAGAAUGGAAAAUCGAUAAUGUAGAUGAUUCUAAAAAGUCUCUCUAUAUAUCUGCCGGAAUUAAUUUUGGUUUGUUCAUUCUCUGCUUAGUUUGGAAAUACUUAAAGGAGAGAUAAAUAGCAAGAUAGUAAUACUUGCUUGGUCAAAGAGGAUUCCACCAAUAAUUAGAUGAAUAAGAGCACUCUUCUCCCAACUUCUAUAAUAAUCAAGAUGCAAGUAAAAGAAGUGAAAGCAACUUCUCAAACAAUUAAGGAAUCAUUAAUUGA